UCAAAUUCUUCUUACACAGAUCUCCUCCAACUGUUACGAGGGUUACGUACGGACUCAUCCACCAUGAAGCUCUCUUUCUCUAUCCCUUCCAAACCCAAAUCCAAAUCCAAUUCCGGAUCCGGAUCCGGAUCUAGAGUUAGGUUGAAUUCCGACAAGAAGGACGGCGUCGAUGAAGGAAAUCUCAAGGAGUUCGUCACUGAAUUCGAUCCCUCCGAAACCCUAACCCACGCCAAACCGAAAUACGUAAUACCUCCCAUUGAGGACCGGAGGAGACCCUACAAGAACAUCGAUCUCCCGCUUCAGUCCGGUUCCGCUUCUGGUCUCCAAUUCGAGUCCGAGGUGGUGGUUCCCUCUGUCUCCAAUAACAACACUUCGUACGGUUUAAAUCUGCGUCAGAGAGCCGAGUCUUCGAAGACAGAGCCUGUGGAGCAGUUGUUACUGAAAAGCAUGAGGAAAGAUUUGGCAUCACUCCCUGAUGCUCCUGAACUAGAGGACUUUGAGAGUUUUCCUGUGGAUGGCUUUGGAGAAGCGUUACUUGCUGGCUAUGGUUGGAAACCAGGUCAGGGAAUAGGUCUUAAUGCUAAAGAGGAUGUUAAGAUUGUUGAAUACAAGAAGUGGUCUGGUAAUGAAGGCUUUGGCUUCACUCUGGAUUAUCCCAAGGUUAAGGAUACCACCACCAAGGCUAAAGCCAAAGAAAUUGGUAAAUCAGACAAAUCUCAUGCUGCAAAAGAGGUGAGAACUAUUACCGGUAGAGAAACACUUGGUUCUGGAAGCCAGGAGGAAGUGAAAGUAGGUAUCAUCAAUGUGGAUAGAUAUAGAGUAGUGGUGAGUAAACGCAAUAGAGAAGCAGAGAGAGAGAGUAGGGCUGAAGUUAGAGCCUGUAAGAAGAACUAUAGAGGAGGUCAAACUAGAGAGAAGGCCUCAUGGCUUACAAGUCAUAUAAGGGUGAGAAUAGUGAGCAAGGAUUUGAAAUGUGGGAGGUUGUAUCUUAGAAAGGGAGUGGUGAACGAUGUUGUUGGGCAGACAACUUGUGAUAUCACUAUGGAUGAGACGCAGGAGUUGGUUCAAGGGAUCGACCAGAAGUUGCUAGAGACCGCAUUGCCUAGGCGAGGAGGGCGGGUGUUGGUUCUGUUGGGUAGACAUAAGGGUAGUUUUGGGAGUCUUGUUGAGAAAGAUUUGGAUAAGGAAACAGGUGUAGUUUGCGAUGCUGAUAGCCAUGAGAUGCUUAAUGUUAAACUUGAACAAGUCGCCGAGUACAUGGGUGAUCCAGCUGAUAUUGGGUUCUAACUACUGAGCCACAUUUAACUUCCAAAUCAUGUGUCAAUACUACAUUGUUAUCAUUCAAUUGGCUCUCUCUGUGUAGAGAAGACACAUUUUAGCUUGUUGCCUAUAUAUAUAUAAAUAUUAUGCAAGUUCAAGUUGAGUAGA